ACUUUCUCUAUUCCAUUUUAUUUCAUUUUUCUUUCCUCGCGAAAGUCUUCGCCAAUAAUCCUUGGUAUCGAAUAUCGUCCGGAGUCCUAUCAUUUACCCGAACAUGACAAAUGGGGUAGCACACGCUUUCUGAAGCCAAUUUCUCGCCCUGUUGGUCUCCUCCUUCAAAGCUUAUAAUACCGUCUACUUAUUUAUACCCUGUAUCAUGUGCAACUUCAGCCCUGUAUUAUAGGUAUACUCACAACCAACUGUGCGCACAUGUGUAUUCAUACAGGGUGACCCAAACGACGCGAAUUAAAGCCGAACGUUCACACGAAUAUUAUCCAUUUUUUGUCUCUGUAAGAAAACUAGGAGAAUAAGGCUUUCACUUCGUUUUUGGAAUUUGAAAAAAUUACCACACGUACUUCACGAGGAACGUGAUUACGGAGAAAAGGGUUUUUGAAAAUUCACUGUCGGGCGAACAACGGCAGGUGAUGCCGAUGAACGUCGAAUUUAAUUUCGACGACUGCUGAAUAUUGAGAGUAAUUCGGACCGCCAAUUGACCAAAUUUGGGAAUGACAGUGUGCGAUUACGUGAAUCGCAUAAAAUAGUCCUCAUUCAUCGGGAUCGUUUAUUCUCGCAGAGACGAUAGCAAAUUUUCAAUAGUUUUUUUUUCGUUAGUCACCCUGUACGUUCAUAUUUGUACAGUAUGGUCUCGUAGGUUAGAUGAUUUGGCCCACAGUGUCCCAUACAUUCCACGUGCGUCUGAAGAAAUAUAAUAAAAAACUGACGUCCCGCGCCUCCAUAAAAUCUAAUACCCAUCAGUUUCUAAUGGUAUAAUUUUGUGCGUAGUAGUUACAGAUUACACUACAUUCUGUAAGACUAGGAAUCACGAAUCAUGUUUUAGCAAAAUAUUCUAAUCGAUGAGUUUCCUGGAAUCGCAAAUACCUAUUUUUAAAGCCCAGAAAAUACAGUGAUGCAGAUCUCGGUACAUAACGUGAACGAAUGGGAAGAAUUUCGUUUGUUCCGCGCGCGGAUUCCGACGUCAGCUUUUUACCAGACGCGUAAAAACAACUGGACCUUUUUUCGUACCACCCUUUUUUGCGGGGUAAUAAGGCGAGUUGAACGAGAUCCAUUAAAGUUAGUUUACUUUGUUUGGGGAACUAGAAAAUUUUCAUUUCAACACCUCCUGAACCAGGUCGCAGUGACGAUGAUUUUUUACUUUUGACCCGUCGAAUCGUUAAGUCAGUGGGUAACACGUGGGUAUUUGCUAUUUAGAUCUCAUACUAGCUAACCCAGUGACAUUGGUUCGACAUUUAGAAAAAUUGUCAAAUAAAAUAGGUGGAAAUGAAAUCCAAAAAAUCUAAUAUCACCCUAAAUUGUCCCAACAGUUUUGGUAGUUUACAGCUGUAUAAGCACGCGACAGAUCAAAGUGAAAGGGUCUGCUUGGUCCCGCACGCAACCAUGAUGUAUUGCAUUCGUUUUUUCUAACAAUUUGGUUGUACUCUUCGCACUCGUUAACGAGCGAUAAGUUGGAUAGUUGUGCGUUCACUUGACCCAACGAUUACACCAAUAGGUCGUCCAAACUCCGUGCUUUCAAUACAGUUUCUGUAACGACACACAGAUCUAACAUGCUCUGCGAUUAAGUAAUGUCCGAGGUAAUGUCUCAAGGAUGCGCGGCUAUGUGAACGCAUUGAAAAGUCUUCUAGUGACUGCUGCAGGUUUGCAUGAAUUAGCCUAGUCAGCAGCUCACAUAAUCAACUCAUAAACAUUGAACUGUUUCAAGCAUUCUAAUUUUUCCAGACUACUACGAUCAACCGAACGUCCGUAAGGUAAUCAAUUUUUAAGGGCUGAUUACCAUGACGUCCGUUUUGUGCAGCGUAUAAUUUUACUCUGUAUCGCUCGGUAUGCACGCCUUGUAUCAUUUAGCCGCAUGAACUUUGUAAAUGAGAUAGAAACGUCUUGAAUUGUAGAAUUGUGAAGCGAGCCCUCAUCUCUUAGUGGCUUGCAUUAUAGUUAGCUUAUUUGAAAUAGUUAUACACGAAGGCACAAUAACAGCAAGUUUCAGGAGGCGCUGAUUUACUAUAGGUUGGUUCAUGCGGCGGUGUUAAAGGGUGCUAUGUGUCACGGCCCCCCGGGGGGUGGCGCGGCGGUGAAAUGAUAGCGCGAUAAAUUCACUGGCGUUCUCGAGACCUGAGGAGAUAAAGAGAAAAGUAAUCUUCAUCAACGAUUCCGCUUACAAAAAUUAUAUUCACCCCAUUCCAGACGCAUUUUCCAAUUAAUACUCAUCACGUCCGACGUGAUGCGGACGAAAAAAAUCAUUACUGACGUUUCCCGCAGCGCGUGAAACAGAUUUUGAAAUCAAGAACCAUCCCGAGUAAGAAAUUAAAUAACCAUUCGAUAAAAAUUCGACACACGCACUACACGUAAAAUUAGCGAGUAAAAAUGAAGUAGAGAAAAGUGGAUGGGUCGUAAAUAAGUUAAGGUCACAUCGCAUUGUAUCUAUCGAUAAAUAACGACAGGCAUUAUAAAUCUGUCAGAGGAAAUCUGUCAAAGGUUGAACUUCGACGUCGAUACAGCGUACCGUAGAAUUUCAACGGUAUUGUUAGCGUCGCGAGGGAGGUUGAUGGAAAAUAUUGGCCCACAUGCCAGCGUCUAUCGACAUCAUCUCCAAGCUUCAGGCGCGAAUACGUGAGGGGAUCUUAUGUCUUGUCGAAUAAUAACGUCAUUGGUUUCGUACGCAUAUAGCGUGCACGCGUUUAAUCAACGACGAGUAUAUUCAUCUGUUUCUCAACACCCUCUAGAUUUAAUCUAUGAUACACCAUAAGUUCAACGCUAUAUGCUUGGUAGUCAUGUGCGCGACAGCAGCAUCAGCACCAUAUUUUCGCACUUUUUAGUCGUCAGAUUAUUUUCGAACGGGACAAAAAAAAACAUGGAUGUCCAAAAAUAAUUGACCGCACGCGCUGUCAUAAUGCUACCGUGAUGUCGGUCGUUUUUUUUUCGUUUGUAUUCUCCUAUAUUUUUGUAGAAAAUUUGGGGUUGGUGCGAUAACAAAAUUUGGUACAUCAUCAUCCUUGCAUCAUUAAUUAUUCUGAAAAUAUCCCACCCCCUCGUGUUAUCACGAUCAUGGCAGUAAGGUGAAAAAUCCAUGAUGGAAAAUGUGCAGUUCAGUUGAAAAAAUGUAACAGAUCAUUCUGCGGAUAGGAAUUUUAUUUACCGCAAUGCACCUUUUAUUUUUCAUCCAUAGUUUAUAUAAGUUACUAAUUUAUGCUACGAACAAUUCCUUGGCGGAAUUUCGUUACCAUAUCGUACAUGUUGUACUACAGCAAUGUGGAAUUGUGCCGUACCUACAGCUCAUUCGAGCACGCGAGUGAAAAUUAUAUCCACUCAUUAAAGUAAUGUAACACCACACUCUGGUAGUAGUUCGGUGGAAAGUGAUUUUCAUAGAGUAAUGCUAGAUUUUAUUUGAACGUAAUAUGAGUAACAGCUUUUUAUGUAACACGCUACCGUCGGUGCUCCUCAAUGCGUCCGUGGCAAUUGCAACGACCUCAUCGACCACUUUUCAAAUCAUUAGAAUGAGUCUAGAAUAACUCGAUUUUUGUUUUUGUAUUUUCGUGACACUUUUGCCGAAGUUAUCAACGUUCACAAUAGGUGAACGUUCACGACUUGAAAAAGAAACAAAAUUUUGGCGUAGUUUGACUAAAUAAUUAAUUUUUUUUCCCAGUUUACUGGAAAUGGGUAAUGGGAGUAAUGGGCGCGUUUCAUCAAAGUUUCAGAACGUCGGUCGUAAAAUUUAUUGAAUGAAUCCUCAGCGCAUACCAAACAAGUUUACCUGCAUAGUAUAUCAAAUGAAUAUCACGGCGCACGGAAAUAAAGACAAAACAAAACGAAUUAAGAAUAACGUCUUGUCACCCACGAGGAUUUUCGUCUUACAUUCUAAUUCGAUGUUUCGAAUUGGGGUGCAGGCUGAUCUUACGUAAAACGCCCCGUACAUGUAUAUCAGAUGUAUAGCUAUACACACGGAGUGUAAAACCAGUAUACAUUUACCGUGGACUUCGAAGAGAAAUGCAUCUACUUGGAAAGGGAAUGGCAUGGUUCGAUGCAACAGUAUGUCAGUGCAUUCGAUGCAGUGCAUAUGAUAAAACCUACACAUGCGGUAGUUCGAUUGAAACUUUCACCGAACGUAAUUGCAAGUUAUCAAAACCGGAGGGUAGAAUAAACGCGUGACGAAGAGGGUUGAUGAAUUUUAUUUCUUUAUUGUUUUUUGUUCCGUUUUUUCGAUCGGUGAAAGGACCCCUCGCGAGGAAAGAAAAAGAAACAGAAAAAAAAGACGAAAUUUAUGAACGAUAAAAUUCUGCCCAACGUGCGGUCCAACGAGUUCCUUGAAAUGAGAUAAUCUUUUGAUAACGGGGAGAAAAAGUUCAGAAUAAUUGACGUACAUUAAUACCCGUAACGUACAUUAAUUAAUUUUAAAAAGGAAGUGCUGAAUUAAAUAAGGUGUUAAAUAGACGUGUUAUAAAUUUGAAUACUGAUUAAAUUCCGACUCACCUACCCACGGUCGAUUGAUCACAAUAUCAAUAGAAUACGAAGAACGAUGAGUGCAGAUUUUGAAUGUGAACAUUUUUCAUUAGGUAGUUGAAUAAUUGAACAACAUUGUUUCGUCAAUGCGUUAAUCUUAACUUCGAGUGCAACGAAGAUUGUUCUUGAAUAGGAAAUAAGAGAACAAAAAUUAUCACGUGCAGAGUAUAGAAGAAAAAAGAAACUUAAAAGAAAGAUGAAUUCUUUUUUGAAAAAUUUCGUAAUAUUGACGGUGACAUUUUAUAACAUCGGAGAGAUUUUGUCCGAAAACGAAUCGAAUAUUCUUCGAUUGAGUAAGCCAGGAAUAUCGUUACCAUUUCGAGUAGAAAUACCGCAUAAAAAUUCGAGCAAAGAUUUUACGGAGGCCGCGGAUGUUAUCGUGGACCGAAAACCGCUGGUUGGUUUUAGUAAAAACAAUCCGGAACAGGACUGGAAAAAAUAUCUCACGAUCUCGGUUAAGGAAGACGUGAAGAUAGACGGGGAUUUGGACCUGGAUUUUAUGGAGGAGAAAUUGGGUAAAACUGCGAAUAGCAUUCAGUGGCUGUCAGAUCUGUACGAUCCCCUGAAAUGGAAAAAGAUCCCUGGGAAAUUGAGUGAAAAUUGUAGAAAAGACAUGGAUGUUUUUCUGUACUCUCUGAAAAACGGUAGCCUAUGGGCUGCUAAAAUGUCCGACGCCAGCGGAAGAUACUCCUCCCAGUUUUACUUCGGUAAUGAUUUUUGGCUAGGCUCGAGCACUCUUUGCCGAGAACUGGGCAGUACAACGAAUAGAGAUAAGCUACUGGAGAAUACUUCCGAGGAUUUCCCUCCUUAUCCCAUUGGAUUCCACGUUGCCAGGAUGUACUUGACUUUUCCCACCGAGGUAGUACCUUCGGCACGGCAGAUUUUUCUUGGUCUUUGCUUACCCGCCUCCUGCGAUCGCGUCUCCUUGACGUCUAUGCUAAGGACGACUGCCGACAGAAUAGAGAGAGAAGGAAAUUCCACGCACCGUUCUUCAGGACUGAAAAUUCACAUAGCCAAAGUCAAGCCUGUUCCAGGAAGCGACUACUCUCCCUGGUUUGAUCCGAAGGUUCACGUUCUCUUAGGCGUCGCCGGAGUGAUAUUAGUUCUGAUGAUAGUCGCCACGUUGUACGAGUACAACGAAAGAAGAGUAGCGGAAAAAGAUCGGCAGUCAAGAGACGUAGAAAGUUCAAGCAGUGGCAACAACAAUGAAAGGAAGAGCACGUAUCCGGAUAAAAAUUUUCAAGACGAACGCCGGAUAUCCAUAAUUCAAGAUAACAGCAAGGAAUUGAUUGAAAAAAAUGAGCAGCUACGCGAGGACAAAGAUACGAAAUCGAAGACGAACGGGGAAAAGGGAUUCUGGGUCAAAUUUUUAUUGGCGUUUGACCCGAUCAAAAAUGGAAGCAAAAUAAUAAGCACAGAACCGGCGGCCCAAAAUAGUUUAACUUGCCUUCACGGACUGAGGGUGUUUUCGUUGGGUUGGGUCAUUCUGGUUCACACCUACUUACAGAUGUUUCGAAUCGCCGAUAACAAAACUUUGAGGACCGUAACGGAACGAAACUUCACUUUCCAAACCAUAAGCAACGCUACCUUCUCGGUUGACACGUUUUUCUUCAUUAGUGGUCUCCUAGUGACUGUACUCUACUAUCGAUCCCUCGGAGGAGUGAGAACUGACAAGAAUAAUUUCCUCAAAUCCAGUGCGCUCAAGUUUUUCGUCAUGAUUCUUUACCGGUUCAUCAGAUUGACGCCUGCCUACUUGUUUGCAUUGGGAAUGAACGAAGUUGCUAUGCGACAAGCGCAAGCUCGAACGGUUUUUUUCCCCAUAGCUAUGGACCAUCUUACCUGCGAUAAAUAUUGGUGGAGAAACGCUCUUUAUCUGAACUCUCUCUACUCCCGUACGGAAAUGUGCAUGCUCUGGAGUUGGUACAUGGCGAAUGAUACCCAGUUUUACGUAUUGGGUAUAUUUCUGCUCCUUCUUUCGGUAAAGUAUUUCAAAUUCGUAACGGUUUCCGUCAUUCUCCUGAUCGUCUCAUCCUGGUUCACCACUUUCUUCAUCGCCUAUCAAAACGACUACGUGGCCAGAAUUCAGGAACCGUUCGCCCUCUUUGACGAGCUCUACGACAAGCCCUGGCUCAGGGCGGGGCCCUAUUUGAUCGGUACUAUUACCGGCUACAUUUUGUUCAAGACAAACUGCAAGUUGCGCACGCCCUUGUACGCUAAACUCGUUGGAUGGCUGAUGUCCACCUCUACCAUGUUUUCCGUUGUCUACGGUCUCUAUCCAGGCAGUAUUAGCGUGACGUUGAGUUCAGUGUACGCUUCCUUGGGUCAUUCCGCGUGGGCGUUGGCGGUGGCAUUUGUCGUCAUACAGUGCUGUACCGGAUCCGCGCCUCUUCUCGACGGGUUGCUUUCCGUCAGACUCAUGUAUCCCAUGUCCAGACUCACCUAUUGCGCUUACCUCGUUCACCCCAUCAUCAUGUUGGUCACCACAACGCAGAUGGAUGGACCGUUGCAUUUACACAACGGCAUAGUGUUGAUUGUGUAUUUCGGAAACCUCGUAGCAUCCUAUCUCUUAUCAUUCUGCAUCUCUUUAGCCCUGGAGGCUCCAGUUGUUAAUCUACUGAAAAUAGCAUUUAUGUCCAAAAAACGUAGCAGAUAAGUAUCAUCAGCGGAGGAUGAUUAAUCGUUAAGUAAUUAGUAGAAAAAAAAAAGGAGAAGAUAUCCACCAUUAAGUUUGUUGAAGUUUAUUGCAGUAUAUCUGCAUUGUAUUUGGAUAGAAAUAUAUGAAAUCGAAUUUA